UCUGAAGAUGGAGUUUGGUACUGAUUGUAAGUAGUUAACACACUCUUCUCUACAUUUAUUUGCAGUUUGGUCAAUUCCUUGAACAGGGAAUUCUUGCUUCAUGGGUGAUCUUUUCUCACAUCUAAGCUCUAGCCUACAAUGCAACCUCUGCAGCUAGAUAAUUAAUUAAUCUGUUCUGUUUAAUGAGCCAAUAUUCCGAGAUGGAGUGGAGUACAAAGUGGGAUUGGGAGAACAUUGUUUCGUUCGGGUCCAGAGCUACGGAAAGCCCGAGAAAACAACAACAACUAAUGGAGUGGAUGAUUGUGGAUGAAGGUGAAAUCAAUCCUGGGCAGUUUAAUUUGUUGACUUCAAGCGAUAACCACAAUUCCUCGGCCAAGAGCUCUAUCUCAGCUUCUACCGACUCAUCUGCCGAAUAUGAUCUUCAGCCACAGCCUAAUUUCAGAUUUCAGUCAUCGUUCGAGGGCUGCACUGGAAAUGGGAGCAAGAAAAUAGCAGCAUUUCAAGGCACAGAAUUUUCUAGAAAUUCUCCCCCUUCUUUUGUCAGCUCAGGGGAGCAAUCGAUUGGUUUGAAGCUCGGGAAGCGGACUUAUUUCGAGAACAACACGGUGAAGAGCACGUCAUAUGCUGUGAUGCCGAUUCCAUCCUCAGGGGCAAUGAAAAAGAACAAGACGCAGGGGCAAAAUGGUCCGGUAUACUGUCAAGUGCAGGGCUGUAAUACCGAUCUUUCGAAUGCCAAAGAGUAUCACAAAAAGCAUAAGAUUUGCGAUAGCCACUCGAAAUGCCCAAAGGUUAUUGUUGGAGGGCUUGAACGUCGCUUUUGCCAGCAAUGCAGCAGGUUCCAUAGUUUGUCCGAGUUUGAUGAGAAAAAGCGCAGCUGUCGGAAACGACUGUCUGAUCAUAAUGCACGGCGCCGCAAGCCACAACAGCAAACUAUUCAGUUUAACUCCCCCAGACUCUCAUCAACCUUUAACGUGUCUGAACUGAUAAGUGGGCUGUUGCUUUCAGGUGGGACCCAGACGAUGGGAUUUCUCUUGAACAAUCCUCCUGUAACUCAGUCGAAUUCCGUGUGGGAUAACACACGCACCACAAAGUUCACUCUUACAAACGGGUUUUCGAGUGGAGAUGGAAUUAGUAGUGAUCAACGGGUGAAUAUGCUAGGAUUAACCAAAUCGCCACACAUCAUGAGUGUGCAAAACGGGACCAGUGGACUUUCGGCUCCCAACAACUCCACUUUUCAGGCUUUUAAUCCAGAUGCAGCAGCACCUCAUCGUGCUCUCUCUCUUCUGUCAAGCAAUUCCUGGGAUUCACACAUCACGUUCCAGCAGAGUGCAGCAAUGCACGAUAUGACGAGCCAUGCAGUGCCACAAGGAGUUCCACUCUCCUCUUCAGAUUUAUGGCUUAACAGGCAGCAAUCGAUGGCGAUUCACACAAACGUUCAAUCUGUGGCCACGAACACCAACUUUCAAGAAUUCCAACUUUUCAAAGCACCAUACGAGGCUGACUACUAUUCUAAUAUAUAUUGAAACCCUUGCAAGCAUUGUUGGUUUUUUUGUUUGUUUUCUUGGUUUUUUUUUGUUUCUAAGUAACGGUGUAGUAAGAUUCUGUUCACCAAAGAUCCCAAAACUUAAGUAGCCAGCGAAAGAUUUUGAUUAUGAGCUUGCGAGUUGAAAUGUGAUUUCUCUUUAGGGCAAAUACGGUUGAUGAUGAUAUCUUGCAAAUUUUCUGUAAUUUGAUUGCUAUGUUUUCUUAUUGAGGGCAUGCCUUGAGUUGAGAAGUAGAAAGGAUUGACUGGAACAGAUGCUGACGAAUCGGCUUUAGGGCAAAAACGUAGAUGCAUGUUCAUGUAUACUCUAGGAAAUGCAUUAUGUAAAUUGUUGUAGCAAUCUUGCAAGAAUCCUUGUUGAUUUACAUCUCGGAUGGUUUGAGUUUUAGAUCUUUAGUAGGGGUGACCGG